UUUUUAUCCAGUGCUCUUGGACUCCGAGGAUCAGUAUCCUUUUGGCAUCUCGUGAGCGCGGUCGUCUGCCGCUCUCCUUCGAAUGAACUCUUGAAAAACCAUAUAGCACUACAUCGAUCUUAAAACGCGUACCGCUUGUUAAGUUUUUGUUGUUCGGACAUUACUAAAAAGUACGUGCAAUAACUGUUAUAACUAUUUUCGUACUUGAACCAAAGUUAUUGUGUUGUGAAAAAUAAAAAAACGAAACCGAAGCUGACAUUUUUUGGAUUACUUCUUAUUUGGAUAUACAAAUUAAAAUCGUUACAAAAUGGAUUACAAAAACGAUAUUAAUUCGGAUGAUGAUUUCGACUGCUCCAAUGGCUAUAGCGACAGCUAUAGCGCCAAUGGACGCAUGUCCAAUCCCAAUGGAUUGUCGAAGGCGGAAUUGAGAAAGACCAACAAACCGAUUAUGGAGAAACGUCGCCGGGCUCGCAUUAAUCACUGCCUCAACGAACUAAAAUCCCUAAUCCUGGAGGCCAUGAAAAAAGACCCGGCUCGCCAUACCAAACUUGAGAAGGCCGACAUACUUGAGAUGACGGUGAAGCAUCUCCAGUCGGUGCAGCGCCAGCAGCUGAACAUGGCCAUCCAAUCGGAUCCCGGCGUGGUGCAGAAGUUCAAGACGGGAUUUGUGGAGUGCGCCGAGGAGGUUAACCGAUAUGUUAGCCAAAUGGAUGGUGUCGACACGGGGGUCCGUCAGCGGCUCAGCGCCCACCUGAACAAUUGUGCCAAUAGUCUGGAGCAGAUCGGUUCGAUGAGCAACUUCAGCAAUGGCUAUCGCGGAGGAUUGUUUCCCUCGACGGCUGCCCCGGCUGCUCCCACUCCCCUGUUCCCCUCGCUGCCGCAGGACUUAAACAACAACAGCCGCACGGAAUCCUCAGCUCCGGCCAUCCAGAUGGGGGGCCUCCAGCUCAUACCCUCGCGUCUGCCCUCGGGGGAGUUUGCCCUGAUUAUGCCCAACACCGCAUCCACCGCACCGCCUCCAGGCCCCUUUGCCUGGCCAGGAUCCGCAGCCGCAGUGGCAGCUGGAACGGCCAGCGCCGCCCUGGCCAGUAUUGCCAAUCCCACGCACCUGAGUGACUACACACAGAGCUUUAGGAUGAGCGCCUUCAGCAAACCGACCAGCCAUGCUGCUUCAGCCAAUCUCCAGGGAAAUCUCAUCCAGCCACUGCCCGUGCAGACGCAGCUGCCCGCCAAGAACAGCUCGAGCAGUCCGCCACUGAGUCCCAUCUCCUCCAUCUCCAGCCACGGAGAGGAGUCGCGGGCUGCCUCGCCCACCGUCGAUGUGAUGAGCAAGCACAGCUUCGCCGGGGUUUUCUCCACUCCGCCGCCAACCAGUGCCGAAACCUCUUUCAACACCAGCGGAUCGCUCAACUUGAGUGCCGGCAGCCACGACAGCAGCGGAUGCUCCCGAUCGCUGGCCCACUUGCAGCAGCAGCAAGUGAGUUCCACCAGCGGAGUCGCGAAGCGGGACAGGGAGGCGGAGGCCGACUCCAGCGACUGCUCCUUGGACGAACCCUCCUCCAAGAAGUUCCUGGCCGGCGCCAUCGAAAAGUCCAGCUCCGCUUGGAGGCCCUGGUAGAUCGUCUUCAGACCCCACCUCUAUGUUACGUUUAUCCAUUGUUAAUUUAUUUCAUUGCAAUUUUUUUCAAAGAUCACCAACUCAAAUGCUUUAGAACCCCCAUUAAGUUUCAACGAUUUCUAAAUGUUUUUGUGCAUCAAUGUUUCGCUUUCUUCAUUUUAAGUUCAGCUGUGAUUUUGUAUAUUUUUUGUGUAAUUCUCAUUUAAGCAUUUUUAUACGCCUAUUAUGUAGUUCAUUAUUAAUUAUGUUCUUUAAUGUUUCUAUCAUUUCCCAAAUUUAUAAGCGAUUAAAAGAGUUUCUAUUUAAGUUAUGUGGAUCUUCUUGUAUAGUGUUUACCAUUAAGUUCAAGUUUCUAUUUUAGUUUUAUUAUAACUAUUGUAAUUGUAAUAUUUAGUGAAUACAAGAUUUUUGAUGACUGGAAAAAGAGUGAAAAUAAUGAUAAUAAAAGACAAAUGCUUCGAAACAA